AUGGGCUACAACCACACCACCUUAGUCGAAUCCUCCUACGGCGACCACUGGCGGAACCUACGCCGCCUCACCACUGUCGAGGUAUUGUCCGGCACGCGACUCCACUCUUUCAACUCAAUCCAUCACGACGAGAUCAGGCUCCUUCUGCAAAAGCUCUACGGGACGUCUGCUUCUGGUCUCGCGAGGGUCGGCCUGAGAUCUUGCCUUUCCGAGCUGACUUUCAACAACAUAAUGAGGAUGGUGGCCGAAAAGAGGUACUUUGGGGAGGGUGACGAAGAGGCCGCGGAGUUCCGGAAGAUGAUAGAGGAGGUUUUUAGCUUAGGUGGCGUGUCCAACCCAGCCGACUUUAUUCCCGUGCUCAAGUGGAUUGUUUACAAGGGAUUCGAGAAGAAAUUGGGCAAGGUCAGCCGGAAGAUGGACACCAUUUUGCAGCGCUUGAUUGACGAGCAGCGGCAGAGGAGCAAAGUUAACGGCGGCAACACAAUGAUCGACCACAUGCUUUCCCUGCAGGACAAGGAGCCUCAGUACUACAACGACUCCAUUAUCUUCAACACAUUAUCUCCAAGACCUUCCGAUUGUUCCCAGCAGCGCCGUUGCUUGGACCCCAAGAUUUGGUAUGACCCCAACAGCUUCAUUCCCGAGCAUUUCGAAGCCGCAGAGGUUGGGCCCACCAAGCUCAUGCCUUUUGGGCUGGGAAGGAGGUCCUGCCCUGGGAUGGGCUUGGCCCAACGUGUCGUGGGCUUGACCCUUGCCUCUCUCAUUCAGGGCUUCGACUGGGAAAGGGUUGACGAGGCCUUGGUUGAUCUGACCGAAGGGACUGGCUUAUCAAUGCCCAAACUACAACCCCUCGAGGCCAUGUACAGGGCACGUGAUGUGCUUCAUAAUGUUUUCGGUGGGGUUGGGGUUCCUUCAAACAUUUGA